GAUCCUAAGUUGAGUCACUUGGCUAAGGUGAUUCCUGUUUGAUCAUUCUGUUGUAAAGGCACCUUUGUCCCUUUGUAACUGAUAAUUCCAAGGACAAUAAUUUGAGACUUUGAGUAUCUCUUCCAGCAGCCUUUAUGGUUGUUUAAGCACCCAUUAAUCCUUACCCCAUUUAGUUGUUUUACAUUGGUUGUUGGAAAGCGUUGAUUUUUCUAAUUUUGUCAUUCCUUCUGUGUUAAUAGUUGGUAUUUUUCUUUAAAAUUUCCUCCCCUGCCCAUUCUUCUUGAGUUUUGCUGUGAUUUAUAAGCUUACAUCUUUUUGUUGUUGGUUUUCCCGGUACUCAAAUUACUCAGAAUAAACCAGUGGAACCCUCCAGGCCGCUUCCUGUGUCUUUGGGACAUGUCCCCGUCAGACUCUGAGCACUUCCUUGUUUUCUGGUUAAAAAUGUUUCACUUGCCUUGAACUUUCCUUGCAUCAGACUUGUAAUCAGCCAAUUCCCCAAGGACUCCUAAUUCCUUUUUGGUAGAGAAAGGUAUUUAGACAUCAAAAUCUGGAUGCCAAGUUAGUUCAUUGUUGCUGAGACGUCAUUGCUGCUAGGCCCUUCCAGUGGAUAGAACUAGUACAUUUUUUAAUGUUUUUAAUAAAAUUAGAAUACUUCAGUUUUUCGAGGGCUGCUGACAUGCCUAAUAGAUACUUCUAGAAUGUAGUCCAUGCUGAAAAGCCAAGGUACAGGUAUCUAUAAGCAGUUUCAGAGACUAAAGUUCUAUCAGCUGUUCGCAGUCUUCCCUUUCCAUAAUCCUCUAAGAAUCCAGGGUUCUGUUAAUAGUCUAUAGAUUCCUUAACCUUACAUAUCUCUAAAAGACAGGUUAUGGUGAGGGAGCACAGAAACAAAAAGCUGGAUCCAUUUGUUAUUUAGUAAGCAUUCAUUCCAUAAUUCAAAAAAAACGUUUACUGAAGAGCAACUUCGUUUCAGGCCCUAAGGUCCUGGAGAUACAAAGAGAAAUGGGACUUGUGUCUGCUCUGGCUGAGUAACCCAUUCGGUGCAGGAUGCAGGACUUGGAAGAGACGGCAGAGGGCGAAAUGGAGAUGCUUACUGACCGCUUUUGCGCACCCAGAGCUUUGGAGAGGGGUAUACUGACGCCUGUGUUAGUCGCUCCUUAGCCUGAAUGCCUUAAAUGCCAUCUGGUUGGGGUAAACCAAGGCCUAUGAAAGGAGGUUUCCUACUUGUCCUUUGAUUCCGAUGUUUGUGGACAGCGACACUGUGAAUGAAUUCAAGAGUGAAGACGGGGCUAUUCAUGUUAUUGAACGACGCUGCAAACUGGACAUAGAUGCACCCAGACUGCUGAAAAAGAUUGCAGGAGUUGAUUAUGUGUAUUUUGUCCAGAAAAACUCACUGAAUUCUCGGGAACGUACUCUGCAUAUAGAGGCCCAUAAUGAAACGUUUUCUAGUCGGGUCAUCAUUAACGAGCACUGCUGCUAUACUGUUCACCCUGAAAAUGAAGACUGGACCUGUUUUGAACAGUCUGCAAGUUUAGAUAUUAAGUCUUUCUUUGGUUUUGAAAGUACAGUGGAAAAGAUCGCAAUGAAGCAAUAUACCAGCAACAUUAAAAAAGGAAAAGAGAUAAUUGAGUACUAUCUUCGUCAGUUAGAAGAAGAAGGCAUAACCUUUGUGCCCCGUUGGACUCCACCUUCCAUCACACCCUCUCCAGAGACAUCUUCGUCGUGUAAGAAGCAAGGCGCGUUGCCAGCUGCCAUCACCCCAGAUGCCUCCCUGAAGGAAGGGCUAAGCAGUGAGGCCCUUGGGGGCUCCUGCGCAGUCCCCGAGCUGGUGGUGGGGACCCCUGAGGACAAGUUAGAUGCAGACUACAUCAAGAGGUAUCUGGGUGACUUGACUCCACUGCAGGAGAGCUGCCUCAUCAGGCUUCGCCAGUGGCUCCAAGAAACCCACAAGGGCAAGAUUCCAAAGGAUGAGCACAUUCUUCGGUUUUUGCGUGCUCGGGACUUUAAUAUGGACAAAGCCAGAGAAAUAAUGUGUCAGUCUCUGACGUGGCGAAAGCAGCACCAGGUGGACUACAUCCUCGAUACCUGGCACCCUCCCCAGGUCCUUCAGGAUUACUAUGCAGGAGGCUGGCACCAUCACGACAAAGACGGGCGGCCCCUCUACGUGCUCAGGCUGGGGCAGAUGGACACCAAGGGCUUAGUGAGAGCCCUGGGCGAGGAGGCUCUGCUGAGAUACGUUCUCUCCAUUAAUGAAGAAGGCUUAAGACGAUGUGAAGAAAAUACAAAGGUCUUUGGUCGCCCUAUCAGCUCAUGGACCUGCCUGGUGGAUCUGGAAGGACUGAACAUGCGACACCUGUGGAGACCCGGGGUCAAGGCGCUGCUUCGGAUCAUCGAGGUGGUGGAGGCCAACUACCCUGAGACCCUGGGCCGCCUGCUCAUCCUCAGGGCCCCCAGGGUGUUUCCUGUCCUCUGGACGCUGGUUAGUCCGUUCAUUGAUGACAACACCAGAAGGAAAUUCCUUAUUUAUGCAGGAAAUGACUACCAGGGUCCUGGAGGCCUGCUGGAUUACAUCGAUAAAGAGAUCAUUCCAGAUUUCCUGAGUGGCGAGUGCAUGUGCGAAGUGCCUGAGGGUGGACUGGUUCCCAAGUCCCUGUACAGGACCGCGGAGGAGCUGGAGAGCGAGGACCUGAAGCUCUGGACAGAGACCAUCUACCAGUCCGCAAGCGUGUUCAAAGGCGCGCCGCAUGAGAUUCUCAUUCAGAUUGUGGAAGCCUCUUCGGUGAUCACUUGGGAUUUUGAUGUGUGCAAAGGAGACAUUGUAUUUAACAUCUAUCACUCCAAGAGAUCUCCACAGCCUCCCAAAAAGGACUCCCUCGGAGCCCACAGCAUCACAUCUCCAGGAGGGAAUAACAUGCAGCUCAUCGACAAAGCCUGGCAGCUGGGCAGGGACUACAGCAUGGUGGAAUCACCUCUUAUUUGCAAAGAAGGAGAAAGUGUGCAGGGCUCGCACGUGACGAGGUGGCCGGGCUUCUACAUCCUGCAGUGGAAGUUCCACAGCAUGCCGGCGUGUGCUGCCACCAACCUACCCCGGGUGGAUGACGUGCUGGCCUCCCUGCAGGUGUCUUCCCACAAGUGUAAAGUGAUGUACUAUACAGAAGUGAUCGGCUCUGAGGACUUCAGGGGCUCCAUGACCAGCCUGGAGUCCAGUCACAGUGGGUUCUCCCAGCUGAGCGCUGCCACCACCUCCUCCAGCCAGUCGCACUCCAGCUCCAUGAUUUCCAGCAGCCCGAGGAAAGAAAUACACCGAAUCUCACAGACUUCCUGAUGAAAACAGCUCACUCGCCUUCGGUGUCAGAGCCAGAACCUGGUUUCUCUCUCCGUCUGCCCCCUCCCCACCUCAUCCCCUCUGUCUGUCUGUCCUUCUCUCCGGCAGGUAAGCCCCCCGUGAGAGAUCUACUCCCCCACCCCAAAUAGACUUGUGGCGGCAUAUCCGGGCCUCGAUGACCUGCCUCCCGCACCCUUGGUGGGUCUGAUGUCCCCCAGGCUCAGAGGAAACCGCCCCUGGAGAGCCCUGCACCUGCAGCCCGCGAG